AUGACUUGCGUAGAACCGAUACCCCUUGUCAUCGUCGAAGGCUUCCUCGGCAGCGCUGGCGCUGUUGUCUGGGGCAACUUCGAGGAACACUCUAAUUACGCGUGCCAAAGCAACGGAGAGAAGACGAGACGCACUAUCUUUGCCAGCGUUGGGCCCGUGAGCUCGUUACAUGACAGGGCGUGCGAGUUGUUCUAUCUGUUGGUAGGCGGGACAGUGAACUAUGGCGAGCAGCACGCCCAGGAACACGCCCAUGAGCGGCUCGGACGUAGCUAUGAAAUAGGCUUAUAUCCCGAAUGGUCAGCAGACCGCCCGCUGCACUUUCUGGGGCAUUCAAUAGGAGGGCCUACUAUCGUCAAGUUGCAAUGGCUAUUGGCGACAGGCUUCUUUGGCACAGGCUACUCUGCGGACAUGAUACUAUCAGUCAAUACCGUCUCCGCACCUUUCCGAGGCACUCAGCUAGUAUACACCCUAGGGGAAGACAUCUGUAAUGCUCCUACCGUUCGCCCGUUCUCCGCAGGCGAUAUAAUGGCCAAAGGAGUUCAUCUCGCGGCCUACUUUGCGCCCGUUCUACCUCGGUUCCUGGACGUACACGCGGAUGCUAGAGGGUUGUCAUUCCGCCAAGCGAGCUUCCUCUCCUUCCUACGGCAGCUGCGCAAGAGCGAUUGGGCCGGGAGUCGCGACGUCACGCCUUACGACGUGACGUUUGAAUCGGCGGAUGAGCGGGAAUCGCGGCGAGAGGGAGAAGUCCAUCCGCGCACAUAUUAUCGCAGCUACUGCGCCACGCUUUCCGCGCCUCCCGGAAGUCAAUCGUCAGCGUCGUGGCUCGCCUGGCUGACCGCCUUGCCCAUGUACGCAUCCUCAGCGAUAAUCUCGCGGUUCGACUUCUCGAAUCUGCGACCCAUACCCGCUGUCAUGGCCACGAUCGCGGCGGCAAGCCAAGCGUCGAAGGCCGGCAGUGAGACGGCUAUCGAAGACGGGGUCAUCGACGUCGUCAAUGGCGGCGACUACCUCUCCGCAGCGCUACGCGCCAACGAUGGCGUCGUGCCGCUCUUCUCCCAAUGGCAUCCAUUCGACUGCAGGUGCGUCGACACGCGCUGCAGACAUUUCGACCACAGCGACAACAUCCUGCUAGACGGCCCCGAGGAGGCGCGGUACGAGUGCGCGCCGGAGGCGGGGGUGUGGAACGUGCACCAUCUGGCGGAGACGCACCAUCUGUCGAUCGUGCCGUUUUGGUUUGCGAGCGCGAGCCAGAAGGCGUUCUGGCUGGACUUGGGGCACUGGCUGCGCGCGAUUGACAGGACGCCUCGUGGGGUGACGGUGGGCACUUGUGGCGGUUGUUGA